AUGGGUUCUGAAGGGUCGUUGCCCCAAGGCUGGACGCCCAGCGAGUUGCGCGCCCUUUUGGAACUAGAUGAGGAUCCAGGACCUGAACUGGACACUGAGGUCCCUCUGGCCGUAGAGCCCACUUGGCGUUGUUUAAGGUGUCAUUCAGCACGUUGGUCGGAAGUUGGACACAACUCGUAUCGUUGUGGUGCUUGCAUGGGUACAGAGUUUUACAAUGCAACCCAGCCAGUCAGGCAUCAGACAGAUGACGGUGUUUGGAUGUUCGUUCCCCGAGCCAACAGUGCGCCUGUCGAGGAUUCGCUCCCAGAAGAUGAUUUCCGGAGGAGGUCAGAGGUUCGGCACCCUGUUGAGGACUCAAGUCCACCUGGCCCCGACUCUGCACGGGAACCACCUGAGAGUGAGCUGCCGACGGAUGAUCCAUCCGUGGCAAUGACGGAGUAUGAGUGGCCAUCUGGCCCCGGCUCCGAGUUGUCCACGAGUUCACGACGCCGAAGGAGAAGAAACCGCACCACUGCGCAAGAUUCCAAUUCAGAGCAGGUCGGACAGCCCUCACCUUCGAGAUUGCCUAUGCCCUCGACAUUGCCGAUCCCUUCACGUGCUGGUAAGGGUGAUGGUAAGAGUUCCGAGGAGUCUGAACUGUUGAAGGUGCUUCGCCAGUUGUUGGAUGAUCGACGCAGUGACAAAGCGUCGCAAGGCAGCUGGGAUAGCAGACGCGGUCCGGCCCCUGGCAUGAAGUGGAAAGGUGGGACACCUCCGAACCCACCUCGCUGGAACUAUGCUGCAUCGGACAUUCGAGCAUUUUCCAAAUGGGAACGCCGUGUUCGUGUCUGGCAGUUGCAGGUUCAGAACCAGCUUUCAGGUGCAGAAGCUGGUCUCAUGCUUUUUGCUAGCCUCACCGGAGAGGCCGAAGCAGAGAGCGAGCACACGGUGCUCUCCAAGGUCAACUGUCGCGACGGAGUUGACUAUGUGAUCAACUGCCUGAAAGGGCCCCUCGAACAGAAGAUUUUGUACCAGAAGCGCUCAUUGCUGGCCACCUACGAGACAGUUGCACGGUUGCCCAAUGAGUCGAUCCGCCAAUACAUCAACAGGUACAAACGCAUUGAGAGGGAUCUACAGUCAGUUGGCAUUUCAGCAGGAGCUAUGUACGAUGCCGAGUCAAGAGGCAACCGGAUCUUGGAGCGUUGCAAGUUGGAGCCAUCCCUUGCUAGGCUUGUCUAUCAGACCGAGACCCUUGAAGAGGGCAAUGAAGAGGAUGAGCCGGAUCAGUCGCCUGAGGCUGAUGAGGAGUACUUUGAGCCUGAGACCUUCGAUGAACAGGCUGCAGACCCCUCCCCGUCCGCUGAGACGGAACCGGCUGACGAAGAUGAGUUGGGAAGCUCCCUCAAUGAGCUAGCAACGGUCCUUACAGUGACCUCUAACAAGUUGCGUGCUGCCACUUUAGGCAGGAAGUUCACUGGACGCAAGUCCAUCGAAGAGAGGAAAAGAACGAGUUCAUGCAGUGCCUGUGGAACAAUGGGCCAUUGGACAGGAGACCCAGGAUGCCCGCUGUCGGCUGGUGGAAAAGGUCGCAAAGGAAAAGGAAAGGGUGACCACAAGGGUUCAUCAGCAGCUGCAAGCUCUACCUCCACCUCGGGUCCCAAGAGAACGUUCAUGGUCUCAUAUGGUGAUGAAGCGGUUGAAGAUGACAAUGCAGCCUACUUCAACUUCCCCACCAACCACGUUCCUGACUCCAUGAAUGCCCCUUUUGUUUAUGUCACUGAAAGCAUUGAUUUGGCCGGAUACAUGGUGUUAGAUACAGCUUGCCAGCGUUCAUGCACCGGGUCCCGUUGGUUGAACACACACCUCCGCAUCCUCGAGAACUACGGGUUGUCGUGUCAUCGGGUCCUUUGCGACGAACAGUUCCAGUUCGGUGCAGGUGCAUGCCAAACGGCUCACGAGCGCUGCUAUCUGCCAGCGGCCUUUGCAAGUCAGGAGACCCAGGGCAUUUUGUUGGGAGUGAGCGUUGUUGCAGAUGUCAAUAUUCCCUUUUUGGCAAGUCGUGUUUUGAUGCAACAGCUUGGUUGUGUGAUCGACAUGCACCAGAACGUUUUGUGUUUCAGCAACAUUGGUGUGACAGUUCCACUUUUGCAUAAGCAUGGACAUUUGGUUGCAAGCAUUGUUGCAUUUCCACCUCGGGCUGCACAGUUGAACUGUUGGUCAGAAUUGGAGUCACGAGUGUUUUUGGAGAAGCCACACCCUGAGUGCAUUGUUCACGAAGCCCUGACCGCUCAAGAUCGUUGUUCCUCGACGUUCACCGCGGUCCAUGCCCUCGCAGCCCACCAAGCAGCCGCCGUCAUGGCUGGCGAACUGGAGGGCGUUCCUCCUGAGGCUCCUCAUGAUCGAGCUCAAUGUGCUCAAGGCCAUGCGCAAGCUUGUGAACAUCGGGUUACGCCCAAGAGCAUGGUUGAGCAGCACCGGAUUGGCCGACCUCAUGGAGAAGCAACGACGAGAGUUGCACCGGCCUCGAGCACCGGCCAAGACCUGUACUCACCCAGAGUUCAAGAGGUACGGGAACGCUCACGGCCAGUUUUCCCAGUGCAAGCGCUGCGAUCAAAAGUUCCGGUGGAUUCCAGACCAAGAAGCCUGGGCAGUAUAUUCACCAAAAUCCUCCAGCUCGUCAGCACUGCCGCUGCCAUCCUCGGGCACGAUCCUGGCCCCUACGGACAUCGCCAAGCCCAAGAGCAAACCGAGCAAACAAACGGCCUACAAGUCCAAGGCCAGACCGAGGCCACCACCAUCGGACGCCAUGUCAGUCCAAUCGGCAGGCAGCUCAGCCCUUCCCAUCCAGUACCGGCUGACGGAAGAGGAGAUUUUCGCUACAGGCCUGACCAAGGAGGAGCUGGACGAGGCAAUGUACAUGGGCAACCUCCACCAGUACGACUCCGACAAUCCGGACGGCUAUCCAUCGGACAUGGAGAGCUGGGAUUGGAGGGCAUGACUACAUCAGAGUCAGGCCAGUGUGACUUUUGGGAACGAGGCAAAGGCAAGAUCAUUAGGCAUCACAACAUCCCAAGAGUGUUGCUAUUCAAUCUCCAAGACUAUGAUUGCCCAAUCCCAAAGCACACACUUUCGCCAGAGUGCAAAGCAGAGGUCCACUAUGAGGAUGGGACAUUUGAAACCAUCACGUACGACUGGCGGGACCACCAUCACACUCAACUCAAGCAGCCAUGGACGGGACACACCACCUUCAUGACACAGAACGUUCACAACCAGUCCCAGAGUCUGCUAACGGCAUCAGCACGGAGGGCUCUCCGGAACACUGUCCGCCAGACUCACCAUGUCUACAACCUGGAGUAUGCAUUGGUGGCCCACACAGCCGAUGAACAGACCCUGCAGCAGCAGCAAAAGCAUCUCAGAGGAAGCCGGCCCAAGGUUGACAUUUUGGAGACCUUCGCUGGCCAAGCAAACAUCACCAAACGAAGCUCGAGCUUCCGGCUCUCAGCAGCGCAACCAGUCGACUAUGCGACCGGCUGGGACCUGAACAACACCAGCCACCAAGCAGACCUCGAGGACAUGCUUGACUCUCUCAGACCGCUCGUCCUCAUCCAAGGCAUUGACUGCCGAGAUUGGAGCAUCCUUCAAGACAACACGAACUACAUUCGUCGCAAGAUCCUGCUCCUGAUGAGACGAGCCAAAGCACGUAAGCUCCUCAAGAAGGUCACAAGCUGGUGCCACAAACAAGCAGAAGCUGGAAGACUCUUUCUGCUGGAGAAUCCCACGACCAGCAGACUUUGGCAAGAAGAUGCCAUCAAGAAGCUUGAAGGCUUGCCCAACGUGAGCUCCACCACCUGUCAUGCAGGUGCUUAUGGUGCAGUGAACUCCCAGGGCCAGAUGAUCAGAAAAGGACACCGCUUCAUGGGCAAUUGUCCGCAUGUGCUGAAGCGCUUGGGACGCCACCUGUCAGCAGAGGAGCAACGAAGAUGUGUUCCACUCCAAGGUCGCGAGACCACUCUCUCCCAGCACUAUCCACACCAGAUGGUGACAGAGAUCCUCAAAGGUGUCCAAGAUGAGGUCAGAGCACGCUUGCCUGACCGAUUCCAGCCAAGACCCAAGGUCUACAGCAGCUACAUGGUCACUUCACCAGACCAAUGGCAUGAGGCACUUCAGAUGGCAGAAGCAACCUUUCAAGUCACCAGGUACAAGACCUUCACUCUGCCAGCCUCCGACCCACUGUUCGCCCUGACCAGGAGACUGACUCAAUGGUCUCACAUGGAGCGAGUUCAAAUAGCACUCCAACCAAUCAUGUGGCGCUUUCCUUGGCACGUGCCACACACCCACCGAGCUGCAGCCUUGCAGUACAAUGAUGGAGAGGUUCAGAUCAUUGAAGAGGACCUCAGCGAGCUCAGACACCCCAAGGCAAGAUUCAAGAAGCCUGUCCAACUGGCCAUUUUCAUGUUUGGACAAGGCCAACCUGAUGCAGAACGUCCACGAGACCAAGCAUCGGCAUCACAUGAAGCAGCACAACCACCUCCAUCGGAGAACGAUCCGAGGAAACUGGUUCCACCACCACCCGGAGAGGAAAUUUCAUUUCCACUCGAGCUCAAGAUCCCCGCCGAGAUCAAGAAUGCCAUACGGCGGAUGCACCAGAACUUGGGCCAUCCCAAACCAGCUGAGCUCAAGAAGCUCUUGGCUCUCAAUGGAGUCAACAACCAGGCCAUCUACACGGCCGUCGAGCAUCUUCGCUGCAACUCCUGUGAGCGCACCAAAGGACCUUCCAGGCCAGACCUCGGCGCCAUUCCAGCUGAGGACGGAUGCUCGCAGUUCGGAGACAGGUUGCAGAUGGACAUAUUUUAUGUCCGAGAUGUGACCGGCCAGAACUUCAUGGUGUUGGGCAUCAUCGACGAAGUGACACACCUACACCUCGCAGCCCUUCUCGACAACCGACAGGCGGAGACAGUCCUGGCAGCCUUCAAUGACACCUGGGCUAAGGCCUUCGGAUACCCACUACGGAUCAGACUUGAUCCUGAUGGCUCAUUCAGGUCCCAUUUCGAGGACGACCUUGACCAGGCCGGAGUCUUCAUUGACUACGUCCCCGCUGAGGCCCACAACAAGAUCGGCCUCAUCGAAAGGCACAAUGCAGUGUUCCGAUCACUGAUGGAACGCAUCAUCGACUACAGAGCCAUCACAGGUCGAGAACAGAUGUACUACACCACAACGGCAGCAGCCUUCGCAAAGAACAGCUGCACAUGGUCCGCAGGCAGACCUCCCUAUGUGGCAGCCUUCGGCCGCAUACCACGCAUGGGCAUUGAGGUGGCACCACACCAACUCCGUGUGGCUAGAGGCUUUGAAUGCUGGCAUCCAGACUACCAGCAGAUCAAGGACCUUCGAGUAGCCUCCCAAAACCUGCACGACAACCAGUUGCAGGAUGAACGAAUUCCAGAACCACCAGUUGAUCCAGAUCAACCACUUGGCUUUGACGGCAUGGAUCCGGCAGAAGAGAUUCCGCCAUCGGCAGUACCUCUACUAGCACAACCUCCCACCGCGGCAUCGGCAGCAGCACCAGCGGAACAAGCAGAGGAGGCAGUCCAGACAGAUCCAUACCAAGAGACAAGAAACACACAGAUCGAGAUCAACGUACAUUCACCCACCUACAGACAAACGGUCAUACAGGCACAAGCACAGCCAUCAACACCGUUUGGCAUGACAGCGGCACAAUGGAUGGAGCCAUCAGUCAAUGCACCCGUCCGCAAGAAGCACAGAUCCAGAACACCAGCACGGGGGCGACACGCCUCAACACUGGCAGAUGCUUCACGACCAGCACUGCAGGAUCAACAAGAUCCACUGGCAUUGACACCGGCAACACCUUUUGUACCACAUCAGAGCAGAGCUGAAGCAUCAGCUACAACACCAGGUCAACAGGCUGAAGUCAUCGAUGUCGACAACUUGCCUGACACGCCACAGCCAGCUGAGCAUUUGGAGCACGUGGUCCCGUCCACACCACCGGACCUCGCUCAAGACAACCGGCAGUCCUCUAAGAGGAGCAGUACCGAAAUGGCACCGCCACUGUCAGAGCAGGCACCACCAGCACCACUUGGCUACAAGGCGCUCUUGGCCAAGCAUACUCAGCCACGGCAGAUUGGACAGAACACCUUCCACCUGAAAGGCUACAACCGCAUUGCAAAGGCGGCAACACAGGCAGAACCAAGCCUUUUGGUUUGGGCACGGCUCGACACAAACAGCAACAGCCUACAGACCACACACCUCUCGGGACCACCCAAGGGGCACAUCAAGCGCCGGAGGGUUCUCACAUACCCUCAGGGCAGCAUCGUGUGGGACGCCCCAUACGAAGACGACCAGACAGGCCGUCGCAUUUCUCCAGAGUACACCACGCUUGUCACAGAGCUUUGGCGUGAACACUAUGCACCACACCCAUUGGAUAGUCUGGAAGUCACACCAGACGGCAUCCAACAGCGAGAACAGCACCAUGAUGGCAGCGACCACAUCAGCAUGCCAUACUCGUGCCACACAGCAUUGCAGGCAUACCGCAAAGCACCAGGCUACAAUGGCACCGGCGAGUCAAGUGACUCAGAAGCAUCAGCAGAUGACAUGACCACCGGGCACCGAGGCAACAGCAGCCUACCAACCACGGCAGCAGCACGCAGCCUAACCAGGCAAGAGCAGAAAGCCCUCGACAAAGAAGUGCCUUGGCAGGCCAUCCUCCAGAUGGAUCAAGAUUCCAUCACCAAGUACGUCGAGUCUGCAAAAGCUGAAGAAGCAUCAUGGCAGCAGUUCGACUCAGUCAUUCCGUUGACUGCGCAGGAGGCCAACAAGGUGCAUCAGGAUCCAAUUCUCCGUCGAAGGAUCCUCAAAGCAAGGGCCGCCUACAGAGACAAGGCUAAGGGCCAAGGACCACUCAAGGCGAAGACCCGUGUUGUGGCCUUGGGUCACCUCGACCCGGAUCUGCAAGAGAUCUGCCGGGAAUCAGCGACUCCAACCAGGCAGAGCGAAUACGCCCUGCUAGCCUUCUUCAUCAGCGGCUUCAACCACAUGUUGCUGGAUGGAAAGGAUCGCUGGCUUCUUUGGUGCGGGGACAUCAAAACGGCAUUCCUUCAGGGGACCCCAGAUCCUCGCAAGCUGCCAUUGUUUUUGCUCCCGCCUCAAGACGGUGUGACAAAGUUGGCAGGCACGUUCAAGGCCCCGCUUUACAAGAUUGUUGGAAACAUUUACGGCCUAGCAUCAGCACCCAGGACAUGGAGCCUACAUGUUGUCAAGACAUUGGUGCAAGCCGGCUUCCGACAGCACAGCCUGGACAAGAUGUUGUUUACAUUGUGCACCAAGCUUCCAGGAGACGAUCACUCAAGCCUGGUAGCAAUAGUUGUGGCCUAUGUAGAUGAUUUUUUGCUCACCCACAACCAACGUUGGGACCGCAGGGCAUUGCUGGAUUUGUUCAAAUGGGGAGCGCAAGAAGAGCUUUCUUUCUCCAACAGCCUCACCUUCAAGGGAAAGGAGAUCAGUCUCCGCAGCGAAGGUCAGACGACCUACCUGGCCCUGACACAGAAGCAGUUCAUUGCUGGGAUGAAAGUUGGCAAUGUUCAAUGCAAGAAGAGGCUCGACGAGAAGUUGCUUCCCGAGGACAUGGCCGAGUUCAGAUCGGUCGCAGGAUGCCUCCAAUGGUUGGCUGGACAAUGCCGACCGGAUGUGGCCAGCACGGUGUCACUUUGCAGCAAAGGCACCAACAGCACUUACAAGGAGCUCCAGACCUUGUACGAGGCAGUGCAGCACCUCCACAACACCUCAGAUGUGGGGAUCCACAUGUGGCCUGUUCCGCUCAACGAUCACACCUUGAUCGUGAGUUACUCGGACAGCUCAUGGGCCAAUGCGGCCGGAUCGGCGAGCCAGCACGGCAACAUUUUGUUGCUAGCUGAUCCAAAGGUGGUUGACACCACGGGCCCAGGCCUUUUGUUGGAUUGGAAGUCGAGCCGCAGUGCUCGAGUAUGCCGCUCUACGCUGGCAGCUGAAGCCAGUGCCUGCGACACCGGGAUCGAUCGGGCAUCCUUCAUGGCCCACCUGAUCAGUGAGAUCCUGCAGGACAAGGCAUCCUUCCUCCUCACGAGGACGCUGCGCCUGAUCGGCGUGACUGACUGCAGAAGCCUGUACGAUGUUCUGGUGAGUGAAAACCCCAGAACGGAGGACAAGAGGACCAUUGUGGUCAUCCGCUCGAUACAACAGCACUUGCAAAGGCUGGAUGUGCAUUGGGUGCCAACGCAGCUGCAGUGGGCAGACUCGCUCACCAAGCUGUCCGACAAGUUGCUGCUGGAGUUUGUGGCAUGGCUUCGAAAGCCAUGGAUCCAGCUUCGUGACAUGCCCGAGAGCGGCAGCACUGGAAGUUUCAGCCACACCAAGAAGGUGGUGGAGAUCUUCACUCGUCUCAGCAGCGCCGGGGACAGCGACGAGGAAGGAGGGCAAGCCUUGGAGGCGCACUUCGAGUCCCAGCUGCGUGAAGCUCAGCUGGGCGCCACUUUGGCAGAGGCCUUCGAGAAGAUGACGGUCUCACAGGAGGUCCAGGAGCGACUGCAGAAGCGCUUGAGCCAUGGAGAUGUCUUUGUGGUGGUCUAUGAGCAGGUGUGGUGUUCCUGGGUGGAGGCCUUAGCGAAGAAGGCCGAGGUUCCGUGCAUCUCCUUCCAGCCAUCCUACAUCGACGUCUUCCGACAGAGUGCCAAUUUGCCAUGUCGGUCUUUUCAGAGCGGCCUUGACUUCGGCCCGGAGGGCAUGGUGUAUACUUUAGCCUCCUGCCUACGUACCGGUGCGCCAGUACCUGCGGGCCGACGCGCAGUCGGCGCAAUAUUGCCCUUGCCCCAGAGCAGGCUUCGACUCCAGCAUGACGACAUCGAGAAAGACCUUCGCAGUUGGCUGGAGAAGGAUCCCGAUAGACCGGUUGUGUACUGCUCGCUGGGCAGCCAUAUGCUGGCUCGGGUGCUGGAUCCUGGCAGCAUCACCCGCUUGCUGAAGGGGAUUUUAGAGGCGAGCUGUCGCGCUUUGUUUGUUCUCAACAAGGCAGCUCGAGAGUUUGCGGACUCUGAUCCGGGCUUUGACACACUGUUUCGACAUCCGGAUGUGCGAGUAGAAGCCUGGGUGAAUCAGCAGGGCGUCCUGGCACAUCCCUCAACGUUGGUGUUCCUCACCCACUGCGGUGCCAAUUCUGUGCACGAGGCCUUAGCGUCCGGGACGCCCAUGGUGGCGGUGCCCUUCUUCGACGACCAGCACUACAAUGCGCAGGCGUUGGUGGAGGCGAAGGUGGCGCAGCGCAUCCCAAAGCGCCCGGUGCAGGUGGCCGAGGUCGCUGCAGCUGUCACCGCCAUGCGGUCGUCGGCCGCCAAGGCAGCAGCCGCUGCAUUGGGCAGUGCGGUGCUGCGGGAGGAGGGCGUGCGCAAGGCCGCGCAGCUGGUGGCACAGUGCAGGCCUUUGGAAUGGCGGGGUGUGGUGCUGAUCUUGGACUAG